AACACUGUGCAGUUUAAAGUCAUCUGCGUUUCCCUGGCAACAAAGACAACAGCAGCAGUCAGUCUCACGAUGGCCUCCAUACACACAUUACAGGAGAUAUCGAGGAUGAAGAGAGAUGAAGGUAUCGAGCGACUGAGCACCUGUUUUCACUGGACGGAGUUUGAUGGUGACGACAAACGCCAGUAUUUACAUCAACAGUUUGUGUAUGACAAUGUGAUGUUUGCAGUUACGCGAGGACUGUCGUGGUCGGCAGUCGGGCAGGUGGCAAACAUCACCAAAGACCUCCUGCCCAAACUCAAAGGUUUGAAGACAUCGGAGGUCAUUUGCCUCGCCAAGGAUCAUUUAUCACUGAUAGAGCCUCGUCUCUCCACUGCCCAUCAUGCUGUUCUCCUGGACUAUAUUGUGAAAACAUAUGUUCCUCAUCAGCGGCUCUAUCAGGCAUUUUUAAACGGUGAGACGGGUCUUAGACGCAUCAGAUGUGAGCUUGAGAUUGAAUGCCCACCUCAUCCGUGGCCCCUCAGUGAGGGAACAGAUGCUGUGGAGCUGGAACAGCAGCGGGAUCUCAAAGAGCUGAGUUUGGCACAGUCCAGAAAAGAAGCAGAAAUCAAGGAACUCAAAGAGACGGCUGAAGCUCAGAUGAUGGCAGCGCUGCGGGCCAGUUUAGAAAGCCUUCCAUGUGAAGGCUGGAUGAGCAGACAGGAGGUUGAAGAAUUGCUGCGCAGUUUUCUACAGUCGCAAGGAGACAUUAUCAUGGAGGCUCUGAUGAAGGAAGUCUGUCUCACAGAGGAUCUGUUGAGCCAGAAGUCUCAACUAGUACAAAGACACCUUACAAAUCAACCGGUUUUACCUGGAAAGAACUGUGUGGUGACUCCCACAAAAUCAAAAAAGAAGAGAAGUUGAAAUACAGUUUAUAAAAUGUCUAUUUUAAGAUACUUGUGAAAAUUAAAGAUUAAUACUGUUCACUCAUGUUGACAGAAUGGAGUGAUAAAUUAGAGGAUUCACAACCACAUCCAAAAAAGUUCCUAAAAUUUUGCAGUGUCUAUAGAAAGCCAGCAGCAGCUCUGGUUUUAUUGACUGUGUUUUAUUAAUCAUAUAAACAUUUUGGCAGUGAUGAUUCACUUCUCUUAUUUAUGUGCUUAUUUCUUCAGGCCAAAAUCAAACCAAGGUUGUUUUAUACAACUUAAAGGGACAGUAGUUCAUCCAAAAAUGAAUUCUGUCAUUACUUACUCAAUUUCAACCCUGAAUGACUUUAUAACUCAAAAAUAGUGAAUUUUUCAGUUAUGAGGGAAAAAAGCCAAAAGUGUGAGAGAAACUCCUAUUCUGAGCCGAGGAGAAAAAAGAGAAUGACGAGUUGUUUUUUCCUUAUUAGAACUGUGAGAUAUAAUCUCAGAAUUGCGAGAAUAGAGUCCGAAUUUUGAAAUAUAAAAUCAAAUUUUUACCUUUUUUUAUUCUUUUAUUCCAUGGCUUCAUAGACUGCCACUUGAACCACCCACAAAAACGUCAUCACUAUUUUGGAUCUGUAAGACUAUGCCACUAUUUAACAUCAAUUUAGUUGAAUAUCGCGAAUCAGAAAAAUCAGGACUUUGGAGUGCAGAUCGUGAAUCAUUUGAUUUAGAUUGGAACUCUGGAUUGUGGAUCGCAAAUCAUUUGAUUCAGAUCAGGACUUCAGAGCGAGUUUGCGAAUCAUUUCCCAAAUUAAAUGAUUCGUGAUUCAUGAUUCGUGCGCCGAGAUUUGAAAUGAUGGUUCACGAAUCAUUAUUCAAAUCGGUACUUCGGAGUGUGGAUUGCGAAUCAUUUGAUUCAGAUCGGGACUUCAGGGUGUGGUUCGCGAAUCAUUGGAAUUAGUUCGGAACUUCGGAGUGUGGAUUGUGAAUCAUUUGAUUCAGAUUGGGACUUCAGAGCAAGUUUGCGAAUCAUUUUGCACAUUAAAGUAUUUGUGAUUCGUGCUCAGAGAUCGGAAAUGAUGGUUCAUGAAUCAUUAUUGAAAUCGGUACUUUGGAGUGUGGAUUGCGAAUCAUUUGAUUCAUAUCAGGACUUCGGAGUGUGGAUUGUGAAUCAUUUGAUUUAGAUUGAAACUUCGGAGUGUGGAUCAUGAAUCAUUUGAUUCAGAUUGGGACUUCGGAGUGUGGAUUGCGAAUCAUUUGAUUCAGAUAGUGACUUCAAAUCACAUAUCGUAAAUCAGACUUUGGAGCGGGUUCGUAAAUAAUUUGAGUUAGUUCAGAACUUUGGACCAGGUUUGCGAAUCAUUUGAUUCAGAUCUGGACUUCAGAGCGACUUUGUGAAAUCAUUUCGUGAAUUAAUUGAUUCGUGAUCCGUGCUCCGAGAUUUAAAAUGAUGGUUCAUGAAUCAUUAUUCAGAUUGGGACUUCAGAGCAUGGAUCGUAAAGCUUUUGACUUAGAACGGAAUUUCGGAGUAAGUUUACGAAUCUUGGAUCAUGAAUCAUUUGAUUCAGAUCAGGACUUUAGAGCGGGUUGGCGAAUCAUGUUUUAUCAGAGGUAAGAUUUAUUAAGAAAUGCUAUUAUGAAUUAAAAUAGUCUACAACCCAGUUCA